UUUCCCCCCCCCCUUGCCUUCAAGAAUCGAUUGAGUACGGUAGGUGGGCGGAAGUAUUGCUCCACUGCGGUAUAUUGCACUACCGCUACGAGGAGGUCUUCACACAUACCAGCGUGGCCUCCGGAAUCCUAGGAGGCGAGCAAGCAAGGCAUAUAUCAAUAAGCCUUCCACCUCCUCGCCUUCCUUCUUCUUUCCUCCGACCUUAUUAUUAUUAUCACCAUCGUUAUAUAUAUAUCAUAAUUUACCACCUGAGAGGGAGAGGUAAAGUUAGAGAGAGAGAGAGAGAAAGAUGUUGUUAAUCCAACUCCUCCUCUUUGCCCUCUCCUCCGACAAAAAGCUCGAGGCGAAGGCAUUUCGCAAGACCCAAGCUCGCAUGCGCCGACAACAAGAAAUUCGAGAACAAGAGUUGGCAUAUUACCGGGUUGGUGGGUUCCGAUAACCCCCCCGUCUCCCCCCUCCUCCCUGCUACCCCGCAACAACGACAACCACCACCCAAAAUGUUACGAACAAACACCCCACCAUCGCCACUCCCCCUCCGCUUGUACACCCAUAACAUCCGCUACGCGACCACCCACCCCCUCCCGCAUGAAUCCUCCUGGCCCACUCGCUUGCCGCGCAUAAUCUCGAGCAUAGCCUACACCCAGCACCAGCACCCCUCCACCCUCCUCUGCCUACAGGAAGUCCUGCGCACGCAACUCCUCUCCAUCCUCUCGCUGCUGCCUCGCAGCUACAACUACAUCGGGCGCGCGCGAGACGAUGGGCAUGAAGCGGGCGAGUACUCGCCCGUGAUCUACGACACGGAGGUUUGGCGCCUGGACAAGUGGCGGAGCAAGUGGCUCUCGCCGACGCCAGAACGGCCGUCGAAGGGGUGGGACGCGGCGUGUAUUCGCAUCCUGACCGUGGGCUACUUCACGCAUUGGGAGAGUGGACGACGGGUCGUGGUUUUGAAUACCCACCUGGAUGAUCAGGGGGCUGUCGCGCGGCGGGAGAGCGCUAGGAUGAUUGUUGAAGAGGUGAGAGAGGUGUUGGGGGAAGGGGAAGGGCGCGGAGUGGUGCUGGCCGGGGAUAUGAACUCUCCGGAGGGAGACGACGCAUACAAGAUUUUCACUGCGUCGGGAAGUCUGCUUCGGGACGCGCGCGCCGACGUGCCACCCGCGAAGCGAUACGGGCAUCAGAUGACAUUUUCCGGUUUCGGGAAUGAGCAUGAGAUUCCCCAAAGAAUUGACUUUGUGUUCGCCGCCGAGGCGAAGGAGGAUGAUGAGAAGGCGAUCUGGACAAUAACCAACUACUCGGUCCUAGAAAAUAAAUUCGAUGACGAAAUCUACUCCUCCGAUCAUAGACCUGUCGUUGUUGACCUUAUCCUUUCUUAGUCUUUUCUUCUUUCUUCUUUCUCUUCCCCUGUUUCUAUUUCAUCAUUGCGACUAUUAUUAUUUAUUCGUACC